GACAUUUUCAGAUUAUCAUAUCAGUCCGCUUUGAGCCACCCUUUGUUCCGGAAAUGCCAUUUCCUCAAGUUUCUAGGAGAAGGAUCGUACAUUACCACAGAGGAUAUGAAAUUUAUAUUGAAGAAUUUUAAUUUGAAAUAUGGAUUCCUGACUCGCUCUCUACGCAGAACCAAGAUUGAUAUAAAACUGUUGGUCAAUAUUCCACGUUUGGAUUUCGAAAAAAGCCCAGGAUUAACACUGGACGAUUUGAAAAUGAUGAAUUGCGAGAAGAUGAGAUUUUAUGAUCUCAAUACAAUCAAGGCAAGAGAAAUCAAUAAGUACAUUCGUUAUUGGUUAGACGGGAACCUACCAAACCUGAGAAGACUUCAAUUGAACUAUUGGUGGCAUCAUUGGGCGGGCGACUUAUUGUAUGGCUUACCAUAUUCCAAAUGGAAUCCGAAACGUCGAGCAAGAAUAUUCUGCGAUGAUCUUGAAUUCGUGGAUUGCUCAUAUGGACGUGAUAUCGAAAGAAGUGAUGGUCUAUUAGCAACUAUUCUCAUUGAAAACUUUGCCAUGUAUUUUCUCGUAUGGCAUGAUAGAUUUCCGACGGAUCCUCGAACAUUGUUCCACUUCUCAAAUUCCGUUUCAGUUCCAAUUACAAAUAAUUAA